UCAACUCUUUCUCAUCAUCAUUUCACUCUCACGGCUCACCUCCUUUAGACUUUUACUUACCGUCCAUUAUCUCCCCUUCCCCCUUUCUCCCAACCACUAAAACCUUUCAGUUUUCACAGCCAUCAUCCAUGGCAGACGGGAUAUAAAUCGUCUUAAACAAAUUCAGACGCAGAAGAUGAAAUCAUCCCACUUUUUGGUUGCCCUUCGUCUUUGAUCGGCGGCGGCGGCUAUGGCGGAGCGGGCAAAAAAGAAGGCGGCGGUGAUCGGAGUUCGGAAGCCAAGGAUUUUCCCCCAUGCUUCUAGCCUUGCCUCCAUCGAAUCCUUAUCUCUGCCUCUUGUCCAGGAAAUCGUCUUGACAGCCGAUAUUCGAUGCCCUGAAUGCCAAAACAAAUUGGCGAAUAUACUCUCCAAAAUUAACGAUACAGAGUCUGUGGUGGUGAAUUUGUUGGAGAAGAAAGUGAUAUUAACUCGAAGAUUGCAAGUUCCGUCCACGUGCAGCAAUUCUUCGAGUAAAGUUGCAACAAUCAAGAGAUUGCUUGGUUCAUCCUUCAGAUAACUGCGAAAUAUUGUGAAGAUAUUGCGAUACAUAAAGGAAUAUUUCCAUUACAUAAAGAUAAACGACCACGCUGUUUGUUUAAUUUGUUGUUUAGCUUCAAAGAAAAUGUUCAGAUCCAUUGCCUUUUUUUUUUUUUUUUCAAGUGGAAUGAAUAUAUGCCUUUCUUUUUAGAUGCGAUCGUAGUACUUCAAAAGAUGAUUUUUGUCCGAGUUUAGCACAGUUUGAAGGGUUGUUUUAGCUGGAAACAUGGUUUUGGCACUUUUUUUUUUUU